AUGUGCGAUGCGAUCAAAGCGGUCCAUAGUCUCCCGGGUGCAGUAGCUCUAUGGACCAAAGCACAAAUCCACGACACCGUGACGGCACUCUGGGCAGCAAGUAUCUGGAACGAAGGCCCGUGGCAAAUAGUUGCAGGAUCAAAAUCCUGGACUCUGCCUGCUGCUCCAGAGACCCUAGUGCCUCAGCAAUCGUUGAGGAAAGCGCAAGUGGAGCAGGCGAAUUCACAGGGCAAUCUACAGGUUCGAACUUUGCUGCAAGGUGCUGGAAUGACGAUUCCUGGGCCACCACAGCUCCAGACCGCGGCUAAUCCGGGUGUGGCUAUUGCACUUGUUCCACCUGCUCCACCACCGCCAGGGCCCACACCACCGUCACCUCGUCCUGUUGCGACUCUUCCACUUCCGCCAGCAUCCCGUCUCCACCCUGUCCCGAUACUCUGUGGCCUAAGGAUCUAG